AGGACAGAGAGGGAAAGAGAUGGAAAGUUGAGACUUGAAAGCGUGCUUGCCGGCCAUUGUGCCCGCUCUCUCUCUCUCUCUCUCUCUCUCUCUCUCUCUCUCUCUCGCUGAGUUCUUUUUUUCUCCUAUUUUGGGACAAUUUUUUAUUUUUUAUUUUUGGGAUCGAUGGAGAGUGUUGGAUGAGGCCAAAAGGAGGGCAGAUCCGGUGGAGGAGUCGGCGGAAAAUCUAGGAAAAAAUAAAACAAAAGGAGGAAAGCCGAGGUGGAUUCGGUGCAUGAGCGAGACGGAGAAGGGGUGGAGAGGAAAAAAGGUGGCUUUUUGAGCGGGGAAAAAUCCGGAAAGCUCGCUUUUUUGGGGACCUCUAUCGGAAAAGGCGGGCUGGAGUGGUGGUCUCAAGGGUUUUUGAGCUCCGGCGGGGUAUCUUUCGUGGGGAAUUUUGGGGUCUAUCCGUGUAGGUCCAGGGGGUGAUGGGUUCUGUGGGAAUGGUGGAUUCCAGGGUGAAAAAGGACAGAUUUUGAUGCUCAGAGUGUGGUGAAAAGUCGAAUAAUGUCUUCCUUUGUGUCCAUUUCGAUUCAUACCUGGCGGAGUGGAUGUUGGGAGGUGAUAAGUUUGGGAUGAGAAAUGAAGAAGUCGGUGUAUUUUUGAUUGAUUUUUGGAAUAUAGGGGGUGGGCUUGAAGUUGGUUUUCUUAAUUCCUUGGACCAACUCUGGAUUUCUCUAGGUUUUGGUUUGCCUGCUAGAAAAAUAUCAACAACUUGGGUGGGCUGGAUGCAGAGUGGAAGGCGCUUUCAGUGUUAGGUAUGAGAAUUUUGGAUUCAACAGCUGGAGCAAGUGGCAGUGGUCGAAUUCUAGUUUUCCUACUUGUCUAAGGAAAAAGAUUGUGCUCGUGAGUUUUCUUGGAAUCCAAAAGUUGCCUUUUUACAGAAGAAACAAGAGUGGACUUGACUCUUUUGUUGCUAAGGUAUUGGAUCCUUCAGCAUUGGACUUCUCGAGGUUUCAUAGCCGUGGAGGAUUUGAGUAUGCACAAGAAUCACUGUAGUGCAGACGGUGACAAGGGCAAUGAUGGGUUCUUUCUUUGAUGAUUGCAGUUAGGCAUCUGAGGCUUCUCUUAAAUGGAAAUUUAAGUAGAAGAUGAGUUAAAUUAGUUCUUGGUGUUGGUAUAUCUGAUGAUUAGAAUGCCAGAGUUUUCAAAAUCUGUAAGGGUUUUAUCUCCUGCGGUUCUCGAAUUUGUACUGCUGCUAUUCUUUCUAUUACUAUGUGGUUCCCAAGGUCUUAGCAUGGAAGGACAGUACCUCUUGGAACUCAAGAGUCAACUGAGGGAUGACCUCCACCACCUUGAUAGUUGGAACCCCGAAGAUCAGACACCUUGUGGAUGGAAGGGUGUCAAUUGCACAUUCGACUAUGAUCCACUGGUUUUCUCUCUCGAUCUGAAGUCCAUGAAUCUUUCUGGAACCAUCUCUCCAAGCAUUGGUGGCUUAGUACACCUAACAUAUCUUGACCUUUCCUUCAAUUGCUUCUCAGGGAGAAUCCCUGCAGAGAUCGGAAAUUGCUCAAAACUGGAGACUCUAAACCUGAACAAUAAUACCUUAGAAGGCGAAAUCCCUCCAGAAUUGGGCAAGCUCUCGUCCUUGAAAAACUGCAAUUUGUGUAAUAACAAGCUUUCUGGUUCUCUUCCUGAGGAGAUUGGAAACCUGUCCUCACUUUUGGCAUUAGUAUUGUAUACCAACAACCUCACAGGUCCGUUGCCUCCUUCCAUCGGCAAACUCAAGAACUUGACCACCUUUCGAGCAGGGCAGAAUAUGAUCUCUGGAAGCCUUCCUGUCGAGAUAGGUGAAUGCCAGAACUUGAAACUGCUUGGUCUUGCCCAAAACCAGCUAGGAGGUGAGAUCCCUGAGGAGCUCGGGAAGCUGAGGUACUUGACUGAACUGGUUCUUUGGGCCAAUCAACUGUCUGGAGUUAUCCCCAAGGAGCUUGGAAACUGUUCGAGCCUUCAGACCCUUGCGUUGUACCAGAAUAAUCUAGUGGGCCAUAUUCCUGCAGAUAUUGGAAACCUGAAGACUUUAGAGAAGUUAUAUCUGUAUAGGAAUGAAUUGAAUGGGACGAUCCCGAAGGAGAUUGGGAAUCUUACUCUCGCAACGGAAGUAGACUUCUCAGAGAACUUGUUGACUGGACAAAUACCUACAGAGUUGGGUAACAUAAAGGGCUUGCGCCUGCUCUACCUCUUCCAGAACCAGCUUACAGGUUUUAUCCCAACUGAGCUGUGUGGACUAAAGAAUUUGACUAAGCUUGAUCUCUCAAUCAACUACCUCACUGGACCCAUCCCUAAUGGAUUGCAGUAUCUGACUGAGCUGAUCCAGUUACAACUCUUUGAUAAUAUGCUGUCUGGUAGCAUUCCUCAGAGGCUUGGGGUGUAUAGUCCACUUUGGGUGGUUGAUUUUUCAGACAACAACCUCGCUGGGCAAAUUCCAAGCCAUCUUUGCAGACAUUCUAAUCUUAUUUUGUUGAAUCUGGGCUCAAACAAGCUGACAGGAAACAUCCCCACUGGGAUCACAAAUUGCAAAUCUCUAGUGCAGCUUCGUUUGGGUGGGAACAGCCUCACAGGCAGCUUCCCCUCUGACCUCUGCAAACUGGUAAACCUCAGUACCAUUGAGUUAGGUCAGAACAAGUUCAGUGGUCUUAUUCCUCCAGAUAUAGGGAACUGUAAAGCUUUGCAAAGGCUUAGCUUUCCCAACAACUUUUUUACAUCUGAGUUGCCAGGAGAGAUUGGUAAUCUAUCACGGCUAGUUUUCUUUAACAUUUCGUUUAACAGACUUGGGGGAAGAAUACCUUUGGAGAUUUUCAGCUGUACAAAGCUCCAAAGACUUGAUAUCAGCCAGAACCUCUUUGUGGGCACAUUACCAGGUGAAGUUGGAAAUCUCCUGCAGUUGGAAUUGCUGAUUCUUUCUGAUAAUAGGCUAUCUGGAAAAAUACCCCCGAUUUUAGGACAGCUUUCUCAUUUGACAGAGUUGCAGAUGGGUGGUAAUCAGUUUAGUGGUGUAAUACCAGAGGAAUUAGGUGGUCUGUCAAGCUUACAAAUUGCAAUGAAUCUCAGCUAUAACAAUCUUUCUGGAUACAUACCACAAGAGCUUGGAAAUCUUGCUUUAUUGGAAUUUCUUCUACUCAAUAAUAAUCACUUAACUGGUGAAAUCCCAUCCACAUUUGCAAACUUAUCCAGUUUACUUGGGCUUAAUGUCUCGUACAAUGAUCUCACUGGUCCUCUUCCCCCUAUUUCUUUGUUUCGAAACAUGGCCUUGAGCAGCUUUGUAGGAAAUAAAGGGCUUUGUGGUGGACCUCUUGGUGAAUGUGUUGGAUCUCCAUCUUUAUCUACUUCAUCAUCAAUUAGAACAAUAAGUAACACAUGGGGAAAGAUAAUUGCUAUAAUUGCUGCUGCCAUUGGAGGUAUUUCACUUGUUCUUAUUGCUGUGAUUUUAUAUUUUAUGAGAAGACCACUUGAGACUGUCACUCCUUUGCAAGACAAGCAGCUAUGUUCUACAACAUCAAGCAUGUAUCUUUCCCCAAAGGGAGGAGUCACAUUCCAAGAUCUGGCUGCUGCCACAAAUAAUUUUGAUGAGUGUUUUGUAAUUGGAAGAGGUGCGUGUGGGACAGUAUACAGAGCAGUUAUGCAGUCUGGGCAGACAGUUGCAGUAAAGAAGUUAGCAUCGAAUAGAGAGGGGAACAAUACGGACAACAGCUUUCAUGCAGAGAUUGUGACUCUCGGAAAGAUAAGGCAUCGAAACAUUGUGAAGCUAUAUGGUUUCUGCUAUCACCAGGGCUCCAAUUUUCUUGUGUAUGAGUACAUGUCAAGAGGCAGCCUAGGUGAGCUGCUUCAUGGGGGAUCUUCUUCCAGCCUUGACUGGGAUACACGUUAUAUGAUUGCCCUUGGAGCUGCUGAGGGGCUUUCAUACUUGCACCAUGAUUGUAAGCCCCACAUCAUUCACCGAGAUAUCAAGUCUAACAAUAUUCUACUUGAUGAAAAUUUUCAAGCACAUGUUGGCGAUUUUGGAUUAGCAAAGGUAAUUGAUAUGCCAUACUCAAAAUCAAUGUCUGCAGUUGCUGGAUCUUAUGGGUACAUAGCACCUGAGUAUGCUUAUACAAUGAAGGUCACAGAAAAAUGUGAUAUUUAUAGUUAUGGAGUUGUCCUUUUGGAAUUGCUGACUGGAAGGACACCUGUUCAGCCAUUAGAUCAAGGUGGUGACCUUGUUACAUGGGCAAGGAAUUACAUUAAGAACAAUUCAUUGACUCCUGGAAUACUUGAUGAUAAAUUGGAUCUAGAAGGCAAGAACGCUGUUGAUCACAUGAUCACAGUUCUGAAAAUUGCUUUGAUGUGUACAAGUAUGUCACCAUUUGAUAGACCACCGAUGCGGCAAGUUGUACUGAUGCUGAUUGAGUCUAAGGAGAGAGCUGGGAGCUUUGCAUCAUCACCAGUUUCCAAUCUGUCAUCGAAGGACAAUCAUUUAUAAUGCAUUAAUUGAAGUGAUAAAUUUUUUACUGAUUUUUCCAUGUAUUACGUGGGAGGUCUUUGAUAAUGUCCAUUUUUUAUACAAAAUUGAUGUUCCAUUAAAUCUUAGCAUCUUCUGUAGAUAAGUUUCCUGAACAUUAUAAUUGGUAUUAUUUGAAUAAAAGAUAUGCCUUCAGAGAUUUUGACUGGC